AUGGAAGGAGUGCAUGUUUCUACAAAUCCAGAGAUUCCUGGUGAGCCAUCCCAGACUGGAACAGCCCUUGUUGAGAAGGCCACCGCCACUAUUCAAGGUUUUGGCCAUGUUAACAAAAUCCACCAGCAUCUCUGCGCAUUCCAUUUCUAUGGGCACGAUAUGACUCGACANNUCUAUGGGCACGAUAUGACUCGACAGGUGGAAGCGCACCAUUUCUACGGGAAUCUAAACGAGGAAUUCAGGCAAUGUCUUAUAUAUGACAGGCCUGAUGAUGAUGGGCGGCUGAUUGGGCUAGAAUAUAAAGUAUCAGAGGAACUUUUCUUGACACUGCCGGAUGAGAAGAAAUUCUGGCAUUCCCACGAAUUUGAGGUGAAGAGUGGGUUCUGUUCAUGCCCGGAGUUCCCGGCCCAGUCCAGCGCCAGGAAUUAG